UCAGUUGGCUGUGGGCGCUCCUCGCAUUCAAUCGCGAAAACCGAAAGGAAAAUACGGCAAAUACGGAGAAAACUCCCACUGCAGCAAUCGGGUUUAUGAGGCACUGGCACUACACAUCCUCGCCUGAACAAUCAGCAAUAUGCUAAAUGGAAAAGCGCACAAGUCCGGCGAGAACCCUGACCCUAGCCCUUGCCCAGCGGGCGGCAGCAGGAUGCCGACCCCCAGCGUUAAGAUCGACAUUAGCACUUGCCAAUCGAACCGUCCGAUGGAAUCGCGAACGGCUCCCGACGACGUGAAUCCAUCGGGGGAGGGUGGCCUGCUCCUGGUGCCCACACAUCACAAUCUGCAGCUCGAUAAAAUUUCCGUGCGCUCGAUUAGUUCCGAGGAUAUAUCGAAUGGGGGCAGUGGAAGAUGUUGCAAUGCCGCCGCCCGUAAUCCGGCUAUAAAAACGGGUCGACGACUGCAGCUGAUGCAGAUGAUAAUACUACCAUUUAUACCAAUACUGGCAUUGAUUGUGCAAACAUCGGUGACACUGCAAGAGAUCCUGGAAUACCGUUCCGCUGUGGCCGACAUCGAGACACAGGUAACCAUCGCCACUGACUUGGGAAAAGUAGUAACUCGUCUGCAAUUGGAACGCUCCGAAGUAGCCUUCUACAUCUUCACCAACGGCAGCAAACAGCGAGCCAACCUCACUUUGAGAUUUGCGAAUACGGAUCACGCCCUAAACAACAUGACCACUUGGAGUGAAAUCAGUGUUCCCACAGCACCAGACGAGGAUGAAGAUGAUCGGGAAAUGAUGCUGAAUCGGUACGAGUUCCAGAGCCGACUAAACGAAUUUAGAGAUCGUGUGCGUUUGGAACCGGAGGAGAGCUCCAUCACCGAGGUGAUGAACUGGUACACAUCCAUUAAUCGUGGAUUGCUCCAUCAUCUGAGUGAACAGAUUAAGGAAACAGAUAAUAGCGGCGUAUGGCGAUACCUAGUUGGGUUCAAGAACCUUCUCAAGAGCAUUGAAUGCCAGAAUAUUGCCACAUCCUUUGGUAUUAGAUACUAUGGACGAGGAUCCUUGACAGCUGAGAACUUCGUAUCCUAUGUACGUUACGAAUUCAUGGCCCGUGAGAUGAUCAACUCCACAUUAAACUACGCACCCAUGCUUAAGAACAUGUACACCAACAUCACCAGCACCAAGAAGUUUCAUCGCGCCAAACAAAUGGGCACCACUCUGCUAAAGAAUAAUCCGAAUGUGUCAAAUGAACGCAGUGCCAUUGAGUACUAUGAGCUGAUGAACAACUAUACUGAUGAUCUGAGAAUUCUUCAAAAGGCCCUGCGACGUCUGAUUAAGGAAUACGUGGACAAGACACUGGUAGAGGCUGACCGAAAAGAGGCAAUCGGUAUUGCGAUUCUGGUGGUGGUGCUAAUAGUAUCACCGGUCAUCAUCGUACUGGUUAAGAAUGCCGCUGCCACUAUACAGCUUUAUGCACUUAAUCUAUCCCAGAAGGCCAAGGAGCUGAAGCGCGAGAAGCGAAAAAGCGACUCGCUGCUCUUCCAAAUGCUACCACCAAGUGUGGCCAUGCAAUUGAAACAGACCCAGCAGGUGCCCGCCGAGCUCUACGAGGCAGUCACCAUUUACUUUAGCGACAUCGUGGGUUUCACCGAAAUAGCUGCGGAUUGCACUCCACUGGAGGUGGUGACCUUCUUGAAUUCAAUUUACCGGGUGUUCGACGAGCGUAUCGAGUGCUACGAUGUCUAUAAGGUUGAGACGAUUGGGGACUCAUAUAUGGUGGCAUCGGGUCUGCCGGUGAAGAACGGGAACAAGCACAUCAGCGAGAUAGCAACAAUGGCCCUUGAUUUGCUGGACGCCUCGUCGGUGUUCCGGAUUCCCCGGGCAGGAGACGAAUUUGUUCAAAUACGAUGCGGUGUGCACACGGGUCCGGUUGUCGCCGGUAUCGUUGGCACCAAAAUGCCGCGCUACUGCCUCUUCGGCGACACGGUGAACACGGCCUCGCGGAUGGAGAGCACCGGCGAGGCGCAGAAGAUACAUAUCACCGAGGAGAUGCACGACUCGCUGCAACAGGUGGGCGGAUUCCGUACCGAACACCGCGGCCUCAUCGAUGUCAAGGGUAAGGGUCUAAUGAGCACCUACUGGCUGACCUGCAAGGACGGACCGGUUAGGGCUCGCGAGGAGAUCUCGUGGCGGGCGGACAUACAGCCCGUGUUUCUUGACCACCUGAAGCUGCAUCCGCCAACCGACUACAAGCUGCCAAAGCGGAAAUGAGAUGCAACCAACUGCAAGUUUUCCGGCUAGGCCAAAUAAUGCUUAUCCUGGCCAUAAAUUCGAGGUGCUUUUCUUUUGGAUGUGCAUGCAUUAGUGUCCCGCUCUCUCAAUCUCUCUAUUUAAAUAUCUAAGUAUCUUUCCUUUCUAUCAAAAAGUUGAAGUUACACGGUGCACCAAGUGUAGAUAAAAUAUACAACAUAAAAUUCGUCUUAAUUUUAAAUUCGCUUCAAAAUAUAAUAAUUAAAUCACUUCCUUGAAAAAAAGUGGAAGUGCAACUGAUGCAUCGUGUACAACAACUUUAAACGCUUCAAUGGCCAAUCGUCUUUUUACAUGUAAUACACAGUGCAAAUCACAAGCAUGCGGCCAAAAUACAGACUUAUGUUAAUAAAAAAUAUGCGAGAAAU